AUGUACGACGCCAUCGUCAUAGGCGCAGGUCUUGCUGGCCUACAAGCCGCACUGACGCUGCAGAGGGAGGGACUCAAGUGCCUUGUCCUCGAGGCCCGAGAUAGAGUCGGUGGUAAGACGUUGACGCUCAAGGACAGUGCUGGUAAGAUCAAGUCCGACCUAGGCGCGGCCUGGAUCAAUGACACAAAUCAAAGCCGAAUGUGGGAGCUGGCACAGGAGCUCGGGUUGCAUACAUAUACUCAGAACACCACGGGGAAUGUCGUCGUACAAGAUUUUGAUGGGAGUCUGGUGAAAUUUCCAUACGGUGAAGUGCCUCAGUAUCCCUCGACGCAAGACACCGAAUCGUGCAUAGCUAUCCGAGACUUAGUCGAGAUGCUCUCCACCAGCACCUCGCCGUCAGUCUUCACAGCAGGACCACAGCGCAAACACCUCGACUCAAUUUCGUUCGAGGCAUACCUACGCGAGUCAAAGGUCACCGACAAAGCUUUUGCCACUGCCCAGGUCUGGACACAUGCCAUGCUCGGAGUCGACCCUUCAGACGUAUCAGCACUGUGUUUCAUCGAGUACUGUGCAGCCGGUGGAGGGCUCAUGACUAUGCGAUCUGACUGCAAGGAUGGUGGACAGUACUUGCGAAUUCGCGAAGGGACGCAAGCCUUUUGUACCGGCAUGGCAUCCAAGCUGAAACCGGACUCACUUAAAUUGAGCAGCCCAGUGGUUGGUAUCGAACAGAAAUCGAAUGGCGUGGUCUCCGUCUCAACGAAAACGCAAUAUGCUCAAACGUAUGAAGCACGCAAAGUGAUUGUCUCCAUCCCGACACCUGUUUACAAGACGAUAACGUUCUCCCCGCCUCUUCCACCAGCCAAGACCGCCGUGCUCAGUCAGACUCGAUAUGGCUUCUAUACGAAAUAUAUCAUCAGCUUCUCGGAGCCCUUCUGGGUGGAUAGAGGCCUCUGUGGCCUGGCACAGUCGUUCAUAGGCCCGGUCUCAGUGUUCCGAGAUACCAGCAUUGGUGACGACAACUACUGCUUGACUUGUUUCAUUGGGGGGAAGUUUGGGCGGAGAUGGGCAGCGCAAGAUGAUGCGACGAAAAAGUCAUCAGUGCUGCAACAAAUCAGCCAGAUGCUCGCGGGCGGAGAAGAUGUGACUCCCUACUUCAAGGAAGCGUACGAGUCCCCCUGGAUGAGCGAAGAGUAUGCUGGCUGGGGUUGCCCCUGUCCAUCAUUGCCGCCGGGAGUGCUAGGUGAUGGCUGGGAUGCGCUGUGUGCACCAGCUGGCAAUCUUCAUUUUGUCGGCACAGAAUUCAGUACAUACUGGCGGGGGUACAUGGAAGGAGCGGUUCGGACUGGUGAGAGUGGCGCCCUGGAGGUCAUCAAGGAAUUGAAGGAGAGCGACAAGAGUCUGCGGGCGAAGCUAUAG